AUGCCCAAUUUCUCAUCAUGCUUUCCCUAUUCCUCAAGUAGAACCGAUAAUCCCAUUCAAAAUCGUCUGAUACCUUCAACAACAGGAGGUAGUAAGGUAGUGAAGGGAUGUAUCUUUUGUGAUGCAUCCAAAGAAAAUGGUUUCAACAUAGUCUACGAGGAUAAUCAACUUACAGCAUUUCACGAUCGUACACCCCGAGCUAAAAUACAUCUCUUAAUCAUACCGAGAGAACAUGUAGUGUCUUCAGUCAACCAGCUAACCAAAAAACAUCUUCCAUUAUUGAAAUCAAUGAGAUCCCUUGCAACUUCCCUCGUUCCAGAUCGACCACCACCUAAAAUGGGAUUUCACAUACCACCUUUUUCAUCUGUACCUCACCUGCACCUCCAUGUGUUCUCAGGUCCACAUACUCUCAUCGGAAGGUUGAAGUAUCCAAUUGCCCACAGGGACAGAGGGAAGGGAUGGAGUUGGUUCGUCACGAUUGAUCAGGUUGAGAAGAUUCUGCCAGGUGGUGGGAAAGUAGGUCUAGGUAGGGGAUGA